UUCACUCUCAGGCGCGGUGAAACAUCUGUAUCUUCGACGUUCUGCUCAAGAUGAAAGCGUCAGACUUCGCUGAGGAUUUGGGAGGGGACUGUUUUGUCCGAGCCCGAAAAAGGGACUUGGAAAGACUGUCCACAGAGGUCAUGCAACUGCGGGAGUUCUUGCCAAAAGUUAUUAACGGGGACUUUAUCGACGUCCUGCAUAAAGCACGUUCCCUAGACUCAUUGAGGGAGGAGAGACAGAGAGAGCAACUGAGGCAGGAGUGUCUGCACUUUCGCUCCCGCCUGGAGGCGGUGCUGACGAAGCUCCAGAGGGAGAGGGAGGAGAAGCUUGUUCUCCGGGAGCAGCUAUGGGAAUGCCGGGAACAGCUGCAGCAGCAGGCGCAGUUUUGCACAGGCCUGGGGGCAGCAUCCUGCACCGUGCUCUGGAGUGCUUCCUGCAGGGAGGAGGCCAUCAGGGACAUGUUGGCUGACGUGAGUCAACCUCUAAAAAUGGUGACACAGCUAACAGAGGGGAAGCUGGAGCCAUUCUUAACUGUAGCAGGUCAAACCCUGGAAAGUUUCAUCAAGUCUCUGGAUGAAGAGGAAACACCACAGCAGCAGAACUACAACUCCCACGAACACCAAUUUGUGCUUGCACUGGCUGGCAUAAUCACCAAUGUAGCAGCUGUGACGUGUGGGAGGGACUUCAUUUCCAGCUCCGCCCUCAUCCUGCUGGAUACUCUGAUGCAGCUGCUUGGGCUGAUGAAGCAAGGGGUCUUUCCAAAGCUUAAAGUGUUGAUGCUGAUGGCAUUGUAUAAUGUCAGUAUCAGUGUAAAGGGGCUAACCUACAUCAGUGAGAGUCCUACUCUGUCCCCACUUAUUUGCACCCUACUUGAAGACCAGGACUCGGAGGUGUGUCUGCAAACCUUGCGAUUGCUCCAGUCUCUGCUUGUUGAGGGUGAUGUUGCGAUGCGGCUCCGCCCACUCUUGCAGCACUCCCUCCCCCUGGGGCGCGUCCGCCAGUUGGCCUCCAGCCGCCAUCCCACCCUCAGCCGCACGGCACAGGAGACCCUAGAGGACCUAGGCUGCCUCGCCAGCGCCGAGAAAGAUCAGUGAGGUCUAGGCACGGCAGUCAUCUGUGGAUCGUGUAGAUCUGAAUUUAUUGUUAACGAACCCUUUGCUGUUCCGUUAAUAUGAAGUGUUUAUCAGUGUUCAGUGUUAUCGGUUGAGAGAGGUAUGAAGUCAAUCCAAUUCAGCCCCAAGCGCUUAUACAGGAUGGUCUAAAAGUAAAGGUAUGACAGUGGCCGAUAUUACCCUAUAGGAGUUUACUGAUUUUCGCACUGGAUAUAGUAUUCACCUGUUUCUGAGUGUUUGCAGUACUGCAGUAGAAGUGCAUUUCUGUCAGCUGUGAAUGUAACAUGGGUUUUCUGUGAAAUUACAGAACUGGUUUGGUUUUUGUGUUGCAAAGGUGUUGCCGAUGUUUUGGGAUCAUUUCAGAAAAUAAAAUGCAUUUUAUAAUUCAAGGUAUUUUAACUAUAUUCAUAAAAUAGUUAACACAAGCAUGUGAUAGGACACAGAACAAGGAAGCAAUUCCAUUCAAAAGAUGCGCUUCCCCGCUGAAGAUUGAGAGAAAUGGAUGACGUGGGGCAGAUCAAUGGACUUCAUUAAUUAACGUGGUGGGUGGCAAAAUAGAGGACUUCACUGUGGUCACACAUGCAUAUUUUUGGUAGUGUGAGAACGUCCGCGGUAUACUGCAAACCUUGAUCCACAUGCAAAAUAAAACAUUACUUUGGUCGUAUCUAGAUUUUAAGCACAGUUUAAUUGGGCAGCAAGAGCUAACUGGAUUUAGGCAUUCAAAUGUGUAAUGCUUGCUAGAGUUUAGGGGUUACAUGGGAUUUUAGCUGUAGCAGGAUGUCAUUGGCCACUCCAUAGCGUCUCAUUGUCUCGUGUUUUUGUUUUGCUUUACUUCAUUGUGGUUCUGUGCCUUGGUUUCGUUUUCUCCACCCAUCAUGAGUUUCACCUGUGUCUUGUUUACUUCUCAUUAGUCCAUGUACUUAAUCCCCGUGUUUGGCUCAGUGUGUUGUUGGUUGUUGUUAAAGCGUAGUUUCGCUUUCUCUCGCUCGGUUUCUCCUGUGAGUUUUGUAGCCUGUUUCCCCUUUUUCUGUCAUCGUAUGUUUUCUUUCCUUUUGGUUCGCUAUGUAUUCCCGUGUUUUACGUAUUGGCUCUAUGAGCCAGAACUGGUCAAACGAUUAUGAUCCUGGAUUUCCCCGUAAUAAAUAUCGCUCUUCUCCG